AUGGCACCCUCCAAGCUGAGAAGCUGGUUUCCCCACGCCAAGGCGCCCGUCAUCAUCAGCGCGCCCAUGCUCGGGGCAGCCGGCGCAUCUCUGGCGACCGAGGUCCACAAGGCCGGUGGGAUCGGUUUCAUCGCCGCGGGCUUCGACUUCUCCGAAUCCUCCGCCCAGAUGAGGGACAUGGACGCCGCCCUCACCCAGGCCCGCUCCCUGCUCUCCACCACCGCCGACGACCAGCCUCUCCCGCUGGGCGUGGGCUUCAUCACCUCCCACGAGACGGCGGGGCUCUUCGCCGCCAACGUCCUCCCCAUCCUCGCCCGCCACCGCGUCGCGGCCGCGUGGCUCUUCGCGCCGAACGAGGACUUGAAGCCGCACGCGCAGAUCAUCCCGGCGCUGCGGGAGGCGGGCAUCAAGGCCUUCGUGCAGGUCGGCAACGUGGCUGCGGCGCGCGAGGCGGCGGCCGACGGGGCGGAUGUGCUCGUUGCCCAGGGCGUUGACGCGGGCGGGCACCAGUUCUCGAGGGGUUGCGGUGUCGUCGCAUUGGUUCCUGAGAUCAAGGCGAUGCUCGCGUCCGAGUUCGCGUCUAGGGAGGUUGCGGUUGUCGCGGCGGGUGGUAUUGUGGAGGGUGCGGGUGUUUCUGCGGCUUAUGCGCUGGGGGCCGAGGGCGUUGUCAUGGGCACGCGGUUCGUGGCGACGAACGAGGCCAUGUCGGCGCAGUUGCACAAGGAGCUGCUCGUGAAUACGAAGGAUGGCGGCGUGAGUACGUGGAAGCACGAUUUUCAUGAUAAGUUGGUGGACAGUAAGCUUUGGAAGCCGGGGUAUGACGGUCGGGCGAUUGCUGGGGACAUUCAUCGUGAGUACCACGUGCUUGGAGGUAAGACGGCAACAGUCGAGGAAAGCCGGGAGAGGUUGAAGACCGGGUGGAGUGAGGAUGAGGGCAAGAAGAUGAUUGGUAAGUGGUCGGGUGCCGGAGUUGGGCUCAUCAAUGAGAUCAAGCCGGCGGGUGAGGUUGUCGUUGAAGUCAGGGAGGCGGCGAGGAAGAGGAUUCAGGAGUUGGCCGGAUUGAUUUGA